AAUGCCAGUGGUGCAGUGUGAAGAUUUAAGGUAUUCGCUUAGUUUUCGUAAUGUGGAUUUAUAUGCGAAGAAGACACAAAGAAAUUCGAUUAACAUGUGGCGAUAGUACGCCCAGUCUGUAGGCUUAGUGUGAGCUUGGGAUCACUCCCCGAGGGGAAGCCUCGCAGUCCGUGAAGCGGAGACAGGCCGACCGUCAGGAUGACGGCCACUCUGGAGGCGAGCUACCAGCCGCUGCAGCCCUUCGGGGCUGACCCGGCGGACACCGGUGACGAGACGCCCCAGGAGAGCGGAGUCAUGAUCCACGUCGUGCCCGAGAGUGGCCGCGCACGCUGGAACCACGUGGAGGACCUGGACGCGUUCUUCACGCGCAUGUACCACUACCACCAGAAGCACGGCUUCGCCUGCAUGAUGCUGCAGGAGCUGCUCGAGCUGGGCCAGUUCGUCUUCGUCGCCGGCUUCGCCACCUUCCUGCUGCACUGCGUAGACUACCCCGUGCUCUUCAGGGGCAAGAGCAACGCGACCAAGGUAUCGCUGCCGGACGCGGUCGUGGUGGGCGGGGAGUGCGUGGCGCAAGUCGCGCCCGUCACGUGGCUCUGCCUGUUCGUCGCGGGCGUCUUCUGGCUGCUGCGUGCCGUCAAGGUGGCCUACCACCUGGUCCAGUUCUGGGACAUCAAGGCCUUCUUCAACAGCGCCCUGCGCAUCCCCGAUUCGGAGCUGGACAACUUGACGUGGCACGAGGUCCAGCGGCGUGUGCGUGAGGUGCAGCGCGAGCAGCAGAUGUGCAUCCACAAGCAGGACCUCAGUGAGCUCGACAUCUACCACCGCAUUCUCAGGUUCAAGAACUACAUGGUGGCGAUGGUGAACAAGUCAGUGCUGCCGCUGCGGUGGCGCGUGCCCUUCCUGGGGGAGAUCGUCUUCCUGACGCGCGGACUCAAGUACAACAUCGAGCUUCUGCUCUUCUGGGGCCCGUGGGCGCCGUUCGAGAACAGCUGGCACCUGCGCGAGGACUACAAGAAGGCGGCGCGGCGGCAGGAGCUGGCGCGACAGCUCGCCACACACAUGCUGUGGGUCGGCGUCGCCAACUUCGCCCUCAUGCCCGUCAUCACACUCUGGCAGAUCCUCUACUCCGUCUUCAACUACACGGAGAUGAUAAAGCGCGAGCCGGGCAGCCUGGGGACGCGGCGCUGGUCGCUGUUCGGCCGGCUCUACCUGCGCCACCUCAACGAGCUGGAGCACGAGCUCAACGCGCGGCUCAACCGCGCCUACCGGCCCGCCUCGCGCUACAUGGGCAGCUUCACCUCGCCACUGCUCACCGUUGUCGCCAAGAAUGUCUCCUUCAUGACGGGCGCCUUCCUGGCCGUGCUGCUGAUCCUCACAAUCUACGACGAGGAUGUCCUGACUGUGGAGCACGUCCUCACUGCCAUCACCGUGUUUGGUGGCAUCAUCGCCUGCUGCCGAUCGUUCAUCCCGGAUGAGAACUUGGUGUUCUGCCCCGAGAAGCUGAUGACAGCGGUGCUGGCCCACGCGCACUACCUGCCCGACAGCUGGCGCGGCCAGGCGCACACGGCGCGCGUCCGCGACGAGUUUGCCCAGCUCUUCCAGUACAAGGCGGUAUACGUACUGGAGGAACUGGCUUCGCCGCUGGUGACGCCGUUCGUCAUCAUCUUCCUGCUGCGGAGGCACGCACUCGACAUCGUCGACUUCCUGCGCAACUUCACCGUCGAGGUGGUUGGCGUCGGCGAUGUCUGCUCGUUUGCCCAGAUGGACGUCCGCCGGCACGGCAGUCCCGCCUGGCAGGCCGGCGCCCCCGACCCGGACGUCGGCGUGACCCCGGCUCGUGACCCCUACGCCCAGGCUGAGGAUGGGAAGACGGAGCUGUCGCUGGUGCACUUCACGCUGACGAACCCCGAGUGGCGGCCGCCGACGGCGGGGGCCCGCGGCUUCGUGGCGGCGCUGCGCGAGCGCGUUCUGCGCGACGUGGGGGCGGCCGGAGGAGUCGCGAGACCGGGCGGCGCCGUCCCCGCGACUGUCGCCCCCGACGCCGAAGGCCGGGUGUCGCCCGACACCGCGACGGCAGCCGCUUUGGGUCUGGGGCCGCACCGCCUGCCGGACCCCGCCUACGACUACUCGGAGUCGCUCGGCUCCAUCUCCGGGCUCGGACUGGGGCUGAACAGUGUGGUGGCGAGUGCGCUUCGCCACACCCUCGCCAAACCUGACCCUCUGCCGAGUCUGGUGCCCACGUUCGGAACACUGCCUUCGCAGCACCAGCUACAGCGGCAGCAGCAGCUGUCGACGUCGUCGCAGCAGACUUCGGCAAUGGCGUCAUCGCAGCCGCCGGCAAUGCGGGGCGGCCUUAACCGUGCCGAGGGUCCGCUGCUGCACCCGGACCGCGGCCUCUUGUACAGCCUGAACCAGCAGGGGCUGUCGAUGGGCGCGUCCGUGUUCGGCCCCGCGGGUGAGGCGGCGGCAGUGGCGGCCGCGGCUGCGGCCGUCGGUGGCAGCGGGGGCGGAGCGGCGGGCCCCGAAGACCUGCUUCUGCUGGCGCCGGGGGCGGAGGGCACGGCGGCCGACAUGAGCCUCAGCGCGCUCUACCUGCACGAGGUCCACCACCGCCUGGUGCACCAGGGAGGUCGACUAGAGGCGGCAGUCGGUGUCGGCGGUGGAGGUGGGGGACCGGCCUCCGGCACGGUGGGGGUGGGGGCCGGAGAAGGUUACCAGCAGAGCAGCGCGCCCGACCUCUGGACGACGCACUCCCCACGCAGCGUCGAGACCACCCCGCUGCUGGACCCGGGCAGUCGCGGGCACCUCCACGGCCACGGACCUCCUUCGUAGUACCGGGGACUGCAGGACGUGUAGACGGUCUUCCUCCGAGGCCUCGGAAGUCACAGAUUGCGGAGGUCCCGCCCUACGUGGCUGCAGGGCGUGCUCCACACCUCCGCCUCCCGCUUUGGUGCUGUCGGACGCACUGCCGCCACGGUCUGCAGGUCGACGGCACCUCUCUGUCUGCUGCCCGACGGGUCGAACCGGUGGCAACUGGUGUGUGGGAGCCGAUUACAGAGUUGUGGUAGAAGUGGGGACAACCCGUGUUUGGAAACUUAAAAAACUGUAAAGCUUCGAGUGACAAUUUUUAUCCCGACUGCCAGCUUAUUUGCCCAUCCGUGUCUCGAGAAAAACUCUUCUCGUCUCACGGGUGACACAAAUAAUUAUUAUUUUCUUUUCUGUAGAUACACCCACAUAAACUGUGUACAGAUGUCGUUUCAAAGUUUUCCUCUCCAGCAAAUGCGUGUAAAAUUGUCUCGGUGUUCUGUCCGUAUCGCACAUUCGAGGUAGAGCUGGAGCUUCUGGAGAUAUUUGCUGUCUCCUCUCUUGGAAGCUGGAGAGACACUGAAUGGAGUAAAUCUUUCUCUCCUGUGCCCUCAAGUCAGGAUUACAGAAUGGAAGCAAUACAGGCUGAUCGCACCCAGUACUACAUCUUUCCUGUGAAACUUUCUACUUCUGACGUCCUGCGUACGGUCCGUGUCUAGUGCCACUGUAGCUGAUUUCCCUGUUAAAAUUAUUACUUCACAUCUGAAUUUGUAUCGGUCUGUUGUUGUAGACUUCCAGUAAGAUGAAGCACGAGAGGAGAUCUUUUGUUCCAUUGAGGAUAUGAAGAUCUUAUCUUGUGCUUCACCAUACUCUAUAACAAAAAAGGUUGUAGGAAUUUGGAUGUGACCCAGUAAAUUUAACAGAGACCUCAGUGAAAUGUGGUAUUGGGCACUAUAAGCAGAGCAUCAUCAUCAGGUUUUCUGCCUAUUAACACGUUCCUGAAAGCAUUGCAGUCUCCAUAUGAUCCUGUUCCAGAGUAAGUGGUUUUGUAGUCUGAGACUUCCUCUUUCACUUCAUCAGGCAUUUUUAGCCUUCUCCUUUCUAUCUUCUCGUGUCCUUCUGCUGCACUUCUGAUAACUAUCGAGAGAAUGCCCUUUUCCUUGCAGUGUCGCCCCACCCAGUCUGCAUUACUUUUCUCAAUUGGGUUUAGUAGAGUUCUUUGUUCUUUUAGCCUUUCCAUUAAUUUACUGUUCCUCACUUCACACAUACAUUUUAUUUUCACUAUUCUCCUCCAAAUUCAUAUCAUGAAUGUUUCAGUUUUGUCUCUUUCAUUCUUCUUCAGUGUCCAGCUUUCCCCUAACACAAAAGAAAAGCUCCAAAAAAAAAACAUUUUACUGGUAUUUUUGUGCUUAAUAUUUUGCCUCAUAAUGUCAGAGAUAUUAUCAGAGGGUUGAGGCUGAGAUACUGGUUACAAAUUAAUUGAACUCUGCAAGUUGAACUGUUUAUAAGUACCAGUGCAAUGGUCAGGUCGUGAAAUUCGGCUGCUUCCCCGAGGUCGCGGCAUCUCGCGGACUGUGUAUUUAGGAGCUCGGGGUGGGGAAGAACUAGCACUGUUUGUUUUAUUUAGCACUCAGUCCCAAAAUGUGGCUAACAUCAAUGCUUAUUCUUUUCUGUUAAAACUGUCUUUUUUUGUUUUGAAUUUUAAUGGCCCCUCUGCUCAUCGUAGCACAAUAAAGUUUGGCUUCAGAUGAAACCACAGUAUCGGAGAAACAAAUUUGGUGGUUCUCUAGCCCUAGGGCACCAUCAUUGCUACUGCCAAUUUAUCCGUGUCCCCCAAAUGACAAUUGCUCUCUUGCUCCUUAAACGAGGUGUUACAAAAUUCACCGAGCACUGAAAUACUGGCCAUAAAAGGCUAAGGAAUUGUGUGAAACGUGGUGGUGGUGUCAGUCCCACCUUCUGAUGAAGGAAAUGGCGCGCAUCUUUGAAAGCUGGAGUUUGAGCUCGGAUGUUACACAACACGGACACCGAGAAAGUUUUACACCUCUGUACAAAUGUGACUACUGCAAUAUUUUUGCCUAAUGCUAUAGGUGCCUAGUGCGUACAUCACAUUGCCACAAUGUACACUGCAAAGCUCUGUCUAAUAUGUGCGGCACUUCGAAGUUUGAAGAAACUAUUCACUGCAGAUUACUGAACAGCACUUAGUUCCACACUUCCCACUGCGGUGAUGUAAUGGUGACAGAGUUGUGUUUGGAAUACCUAGCAUUGGAUAAGAUUUUGAACUGAAGAUGUUCGCUGAGAUAUUACAAAGUGAUUCUCCUGUGAUGCGCUAUUUGUAUGUUUGACUUCCUGUACACAGCUGCAAUAUUUUUAUGCACAAAUGAAUAUUUCGGCUGGCACAAUCGCGGCUACUUCAUUUCGUGUCGUUUGUACACAUACCUGUUAAUCUUACGUUUCUGGUCGGCAUUUGUGGUAAAUCGGUGAAAGGAGGGUAUUGGAAGCUUGCUGUGAUUAAUUUUUCUCGUGCACUGUUUCUAAUGUAAGAGUUUUUAAAGGGGUUUUCAUAUGACUGUUUUUAUGGACAUGACUUAUUAUUAUUAUUAUUAUUAUUAUCAUCAUUAUUAUUGUAUUGUAUUGUGUUUCAUUUUGUUCCACUUUAAGUUUUGAACUGUCUUCAGUGUAUAUACUUACAAUGUAGUAUUACCAACUUGCCUCAACUUAAUUUUUUUCUGUGGAUGACACUGUAAGAUUUAAUUAAUAACUGGAGCGUGUGUGUUUCACAUUUACAGGUGGCAACAGAGAAAUGUUUUGUAAUAGCGGAUGUUAAUACUUUGUUGUUGAGAGUUGUGUGGUACAUAUUCUCUUGUGUUCCUAUCCCCUUAGUCUUUCUGUAUGCUUAAUAAUGAGUGUGGAAGAAAUGAGGCAACUUUAAUAAUUAAUCGGCUAGCUGUAGUGCAGUAGUUGUAGGCUGAAAUGCUGUGAUUUUUUUUAAAAAAGAAAAAGUACUGUGCAAAAUUUCACAUUCACUACACUCGAUUAUGUUGCGGUAUAUCUGGCAGGUGCAGCUGCGCGACACUUUGCUUCCAGCUCACGUGUCGUGUCGUGUCAUGUUAUUUGCCACUGCAGAGGAUCUUCACAGACAUACAAACAACUCGACUGACAGCAUAUUUUUCAGCAUAUCGGGCUCGUUUCUGCACUAAAUGCACCUUCGGCUUUGUCCUGUAGUUUCGAAAUAGAUCUCUAGUAUCAGAUGGUUCACAAAAACGGGUAGUCACGAGGUUCUUCAGUUAGUAAUAGAGAAAGGGUCAUACAUGAAUUACUGCUCUUCGUCUGUGAUGUGUCAGUUAAUGAAAUUUAAUGUGUUUAUAGAAGCAAAUGGAGCAGGGCGGCAGUUAAACCAAUCGGCCAAAAGAAACAAACAGUGAAGUACUGUUUAUUUUGUAGAUGUACAACUCUUACCCACUCUUCACAACUGAGUUUCAUUUUUGUUUCAUCUAAAACAUCUUUCACAUAAAUCUUAAUGCUGUGUUUGACUAGUUUGAUAAAUCGUAGCAAUGACAUCACUAAAUACUGUAAGCCCCUGUUUGAUUUAUUUUUUAAUGUGCAAUUGGUUUCAGUCAAAAGUCAUAUCCACCACCUGCCGUACAUGUCAUGGAUAAUGGAAAAUUUCAGAUGAAAAGGAUAUUUGAAAAUUUUCCUAAAAAUACAAACAAUACUAAGAGUUAUUUGUUAACAGCAGAAUUUAUAUAUAAAACAAUGUCAAAAUUAUAAUAUAUGUAAAGAAAUAAUGUUUAGAUGUACAGGACUAGAUGCAUGGAUUGCCAAUUAUAGACAUCUGUCCAAGGAACACUGAAAAUAGAAUGACAAAGAAUCACAAACGAACCUUAGUGAAAAAUUUGUACUGGAUAAAACUAAAGAUAAUGCUGUUAUUUUACAUGAGGCAUGGAAGAGCUAGAAGCUGCUAAAGAACCAAAUUCUGUUUUGAACAAACACUUCGAACUGAAAAACAUAAAAAUAUUGAAAUUUUUUGCUAUAUCUUGUUUCGAGAAUAAUACUUGUAGAAAGAACACAGCGACUGUGGCCUUUUUACGUUAAGUGUUUCGACCAACUACAACUCUUUGUCAUUUUACUUUGUGUUUUCCUUGGGUGGUUGUCAGUCAUUGGCACUCUGUGCAUCUCUCUCUGCUUGGCUAAACAUUAUUUGUAAAUAUUACAUUUUUGGUUGUAUGUAUAACUCUUACUAUUACCAGAAAGCUGUAAAUAUUUCCUGUAAUUUUACUGCAAUUAUGAAACAUUCCUUUUCAUCCAAAAUUUUCCUGUAUCCACAGCAUACGUACAAGAAGUGCUGGAAUAAGAUCUUUGAACAAAUGUAGUCACAAAUUUAAAAAAUAAUCAAACAGCACCUUAGAGACUUACAUAAUGUCAUUCCUAUAACAGUCUUAGGUUUCUUCAGUGGUCUGUGAAGGAAACAAAAGAAAGACUUGCAUGUUUAACUUUAAAUAUCUUAUUCUAAAAUAUCUAGUGUUUCUUAAGAGCAGUUUAAAGUCAACUUAAUGUUCGCAAUAUUUACGAAUAAAGGUCAAAAGGUCGAUCAGUUACUUUACGUCUCUGUCUUCUGUGUUUGCCUGACGGCAAAUGGGUAUAAUUUAAAUGUGUUGUCAAUAGUAAUACUGUUUGUAUUGGGGACAAUUGAUGUCGCGAAUGUAGUAGGCCACAAAUUCAAACUGGAAGAUCCUCGAAAGCCACUGCUGCCUGUGCGAAGCACCCAGGUAAAGAAAUUUUCGUUCGUGUAGUGUCCGAAUGAAAUUCUGCACAGUAUCUGCGAGGCACUGACUAAUCUACUUUUAUGUACACAAACAGAUUUUUCAAUAUUUUUAGCGUGCGUGUGCGCUUACUUACGCUGUGUAUUUUUAAACUCAGACGUAAGGCUGUCGUCUAGUAAGUGAGAGGCUUCGGCCGGCAAGUACAAACGUGCAGGCGUUUUAUAUGUACAUAUAUUUAAGAUGGCAAGUGUUCAUUAAAAUGUGUGGUUUUUA